AUGUCACCGCAAAUAAUUAAGCCUACCAACGUUUCAUUCUUAGGAAUAAAAAAGCAUGAUGGCUUGCACUUUAGAAUCAAGCAAGUACUUGAUGAAUCUUUGAGUGAAAGUAAUCCAUAUUCAACUCCAGAUUUGAUUGCUAGGAAGUAGUUUUCUUAUAAAAGAGAUGCUAUCUCAUCCCGAAAUAUACAGUAGUUAAGGAUUCUUAAUGAAAAACCAGAAGAGGUAAAAGAUUUCAUCAGAUCUAUUGAAGAAGAAGCUUCUUUAGAUGAGCAACAUAAGAAUAGGAAGUUUUUAAUUAAGAAAAUCAUUUAGGAUUAGAAGAGCUAGGAUGUGUAGUUGCAGUAGUAGCAAAGAAUCAGAGACUAAAGAAUUGAAUAAAUACGCUUGAAUCUUCCAUUUAAAAAAAGUUUUCGGCUGAAAGCUAAAUCUAUUGGAAAAUUUCUUUUCAUGCUAAAAUAUAUCAGAAUAAAAAGGAUGCGGAUAAAGAAAAAUCAGGUAAACGUUAUGGAGAAAAUGAUUAUCGUAGCAUACUAGAUCGCGAUAAACUGGAUAAUGAAAAUGAACUAAAAUCUAUUUAAAAACAUAAUGAUAAAAUAUGAUCAGAGUAGCUUUAUUCUAAGUAGAGGUGCUGCUACUUUGAACUUCUUACAGGAUUCGCUUGAUCCGCCAGAACAAAAUAAAAGAUUUAUAUAAUGUGUAAUCAGGAUAAAAGUCUUACUAGGAAACAUUCAGGACAGUAUUGCCUAUAAGUAAAUGCCUGAUCCUCUGCUUAAGUUCUUUGAUCAAGUGCUAAAAUUAGGAACUUUUGUUCCACCUACCUUUAUAAACUUUUAUGAAAGAGAAUUUGGUUUGUUUGAUUAUUAAGAUACUACUAGCUCCCUUGAUGUGGAUUAAAAAAUGAUAGUGAUUGGAUUCAUGCUUUUUGAUAAGAUUUUAUAUCGAUAGAUUAUUGAUUAGGUAAAGCAAAUUCAGAGUAAAAAAUAAAAGUGA